ACUCCCCGGUUUGCAGGAUGUUUGGAGUAAAGGCGCAGCAGCAUUAAUUGUUUACGCGCCACUGGUGGUCGAUAAAGAAGGGCGAAGAGACUGCUGUGGACACUUUAGUCAAAUGACAAUGUCCUCAUCAACGUCCAGACGGAAUAGUUGCCGUGGAGUUGUGUGUGGAAACCGGGCAUCAUCAGAGUGCCAUGUCGUCCGCCGCCGGGGAUCCAGCUGUUCUUACUUUUCCUCUGGGGCGCAAACUGAAGAGUUUUCCGUCAGCCUGAGCCAGCCGAUAGUCACGAUAACGCUCCGGUUUUUGCUGGCGAUAGAUUUGUGGCUGUCCAAGCGGCUCGGGGUGUGCGCAUGUGAGGGGUCUUCGUGGGGUGGUAUACGGCCCCUGGUACGGCUGGUGGAGUUAUCUGGGCAUGUCAUCCCGUGGCUCAUCGGCACUGUGUACACUCUGCUCCGGGGAGAGAGUGUGGCGGAACAGGAGAUCAUGCUGAAUUUGACCCUGGCUCUGUUGUUGGACCUGCUGUUGGUCAGAGCUGUAAAAACUGUGGUCAGACGUCGCAGGCCUGCCCAGAACCGUUCUGACAUCCUCUCCGCCUUCUUUGUGGAGCGCUACUCUUUCCCCUCGGGCCACGCCACGCGUGCGGCCAUGUGUGCCCGGUUCCUCCUAGCUCAGCUGGUGGACACAGCCUCCAUGCGGGUCCUCGUGGUGGGCUGGGCCGCUCUGGUGAGCCUGUCCCGGCUGCUGCUUGCCAGACACUAUGUGACAGAUGUGGGCUUUGGCUUGGUUAUGGGUUACUGCCAAUAUAGUCUAGUGGAAAGAUUCUGGGUGACCUGGGACUGCCUGCAGGACCUGCUGCUCUUGCAACUGAGAGAGAUACUCAACAGGGCUUACAGUGGACUCUGGAUGGCAGAUUGGAAACAUUAGGUUUGGUGGAACUAUGUGUGUGUUUGUCAGCCUAUGCGUGGGGGAAAUGUGUAGCAUGAGUGUGUGUAAUUCAGAAAUUCCCUGCGUUAUAAAAAGUGAGCUUUAAUAUUGUUAUUUAUUAUUAUUCGAUGAUAUCAAAGUUACUUCACUAUGCUUCAGUUUUGUUUAUCUGUAUCAGGUUUUUUUGUGUGCUUGUUUGUGCUCUUUUUUUAAAAGAAUGAAAUGGAGACAUUGAAACAGGUGGCUUGGGUUGUCAUUGGCGGGUUGGUGGCAUAUCCUAUUAAGAUGCACAUCCAGCUUGUUCCCACAAUGGUGUUGAUGAUGCAUGGACUUAAUCUUACAAUGCUGAAACCAAAGUUCAAUUUAAUUUGAGCCUUUUUUUAAAUAAAAAGUUAAUUAAAGCA